UGUAGUUUUAUAACGUGCAACAUGUCACUGCUAUUUUGUAGUGUUUGUAUCAUUCUAUUUGCCGUUUGCUCAUCACAUGCUGAAGAUUCAGUUAAACUUUCAGGGCAAAGUCAUGAUGAACUUGUGGAAAAAUACAACAAAAUUAUUCAAAACUUGGAGAAAAAGAAUCAAAAGCUAGAACAGAUCACAGAAGGACUAAGAACUUUAUGCAGCAGUUUCAAUGACUUGCCCAAAGAGGGGACGAUAGUGACACCUGUUGACAGUUCACCAAACGAACACAGUAUCACGCUGCAAGCCAAAACCACACGGGCUGAAACAACUGCCGACAGUAUUUUGUAUGUUGUAGAAUAUGAAUCACCAUCAGAACCCUUGGUGCUGUGGUCGCAACAAACUACAAUGUAUCAUUAUGAAGACAUUAUGUCAACCAAAACUGAUGUCAUAACAAAUGAAUUUGAUGGAAAGCAUGGGAAAACAACCCUUGUGACUUCUAACACACAAAAAUUACGCAUGAUGGUUUCUUUCCAAACUGAACUGGAUUACAUUUCUCUCGAUCUGACUUUACCAGAAGAUAAUAAAUCUGUUUCGAUGGAACAACAAGUACCACCAGUAGAGAUGGAAGUAAUCACAGAUGGAAAAGAGGUAUCUUACACAGUUGGUGAUAUCCUAACAUUUAAUGUCACAGUAUCAUUGGCCGGUGAAGAAGAUGAAUCAAGUUACAGAACUCAAGAUCCCGAGUGGUAUUUUAUUACAACAAACCAAUCUUCUACCCCACAAUCAGUGGUUGUAAUAACACAACAUAAAGAUGAAAGUAAAAAAUUAUCUAUUUCAGUGGAAAAGUUGAUCAAGUCCGAUACAAAUACUAGUAUCACAUACCUGUAUAAAAUGGACACAGGAAAACUUGAUGCUGGAGGAAUUUUAUCUUUCUUUGUAGGUACAGUGUCAGUAAAACACAGUUUAAUAACAUAUGUUAGUGAAUCCCUUGGCAUAAUACUAAAACAAGCAGAGGACACAGGACCAUUUCCAGACAGGUUUGUUGGUUUUGUUCCAAACCAAGAAAAAUCACACCAUGGAUGUAAAAAACAUGACACAUGUGUUAUUACAUGCACAGCUGUUGACACCAGGACAGAUCCAGAUCCCAUCCAGCUGGUCAAUCAAGAUGGUCUCAACCCAGAGUUCCCAGCAAUCCAGAAGACUAUGGGUUAUUUUCAUUAUUCAUUCUUCCUUGUUGAAAAUAUGACUCUGGACAAAGAAGGCAAGUACCAGUGUUUAACUGGGACACCAGUAGCAGCUUCCACCCAAGUAACACUCACAAUGAGAGAGCACAUCAGAAUUCUGAACAUUUCUGGAAUUGUCAACCAAACUAAAACGAGUCUGACAUUUAAGUGUGGAGCAAGAGGUAUUCCAACUCCAAACCUCAAAGUCACCAAAAAUGGUUUUGACAAUGAUCUCACCAAGACUGACGAUGACAACAUCAGUGUAGAACGAUACUCAGCAAACCAUGUUACCAUGGCUACCAUAACUAUAAGCAACAUAGACAACAGUGAUUAUACCAGGGAAUAUAUGAAUUCAAUCACUUGUGAAGCCAAUAAUGAAUAUGAGAUGCAAAUUGAACACUAUUAUGUUCUAUAGUCUACUAAAACUACCGACUGUUACAUGUACACAUUAAUCGAUUAAUUGAUUAAUAAAAAUCUUGAUGCACAUUAUUUAUAAAGACAAUCUUUGAUUUCUUUAAAAAAAAUAACUGCUGAUGAAUAAAACAAUUGUGUAUAGACAGGAAAAUCAAAAUGUCAAAUUUGUAUUCAUGAAUGACCUGUGGGCAUAAUUAAGCUCUCUCUUUAAGAUGUUCAAAGAUGCGCAAAUUUUUGGUGCAUUUGAAAUUAAAAUUGUUCCAUGUAUAACAUUAAAUGGUAUAAGAAGAAAGAUUAUCAUCCUAGGAAUCGACUGAUCUAUAGUCUGUCCCACUGGGAAUGCCUUUUUUUCGUGCUAUGGAAUUUACUAUAAAUGAUCUGUUUUUGA